AUGUUAUCAGUAUUUCUUCUUACAAUAAAUUCAUUACGAUUUGCUCUUCCAAUAGUAACACUAUUUGGUACAGCACCAACUUUUUUUACUUUUUGGUUUUUAUUACGAUCAAUAACAUUUGUCUUUCCUCCUCAUAUUUAUCGUCGUUGUGAUGAUCAUUUAUAUUCAAUCUAUCAAAGAUUAGUUCUUUUUUUCUUUCAAAAUUGGGUUCAUGUUAAAAUAUAUCUCCAUGGUGAUUAUGAAGAAAUAUUUAAAAAAAAAGAAAAUGUUUUAUACAUAUCAAAUCAUCAAAGUUCUGUUGAUUGGAUAAUUGCAAAUAUGUUAGCUGUUCAUCAAGGAAGUCUUGGACAUAUUCGAUAUAUUCUUAAAAAUGAUUUAAAAUGGAUUCCACUUUAUGGAUUUUAUUUUCAACAACAUGGUUGUAUUUAUGUUCGUCGAAAUGAUAAAGGAGAUAUUAAUCGAGUUGAAAAAGGAAUACGUCUUAUUCAAUAUAAUGGUUUACCUGUUUGGCUUGUUAUUUUUCCUGAAGGUACUCGAUUUAAUCCUAUUUGUAAUCAAGAUGCUAUUCAACGAUCACGACAAUUUUCACAACAAAAAGGUUUAUCACAAUUUGAUUAUGUUCUUUAUCCUCGAACAGGUGCAACUGUAGCUGCUAUUAAAGCACUUAAACAUAAAUUAGAUGCUGUUUAUGAUAUAACUAUUAUGUAUAAUCAAUCUUAUGAUUACAAUCAAAAAAUUCGUUUAGCUGCACCAACAAUGGCUGAAUAUUUACAAAGUCGAACAAAUGAAUUACAUAUUGAUAUAAGACGAAUAGGAAUAAAUGAAAUUCCAAGUGAAACAAAUGAACAAAUAUCAAAUUGGCUUUAUCAAAGGUUUCAAUUAAAAGACAAAUUAUUAAAAAAUUUUUAUGAUUUUCAUGAAAAUAAAAAGAAUGAAUUAAUAAUAUUUAGUUCCGAUAUAAAAGAUAAACCAUAUGAACUUGAAUUAGCAUUAAGAGAAACAAUAUAUUCUUGGUUUUUUUUUACAUUAACAACAUUACCAUUUAUAUUAACUGAACGAGGACGUUCAAUUUAUUGGAAAAUAUGUUUAUUUGGUACACCAUUAACUCUUCUAUGGAUGCAUUUAUUUCCUUAUUCACAUUUUCAAUCGAAAACUGAUCAUUAA